CAGCGAAGUGCUCACAGAACAGCUGCCGGACAGCAAACACGGCGGGGCCAUAGACUGCAGCCAACAAGUCAAAACACUUCAGUAAGAAAGAAAAAAAAGCCCAUAAUCCCUCCUGGUGGGAAGGUGUGUGGACAUAAAUGUCUUUCCUGGGCGUGUCGAGCACACUCAGGUUGUUUCGACACACUUUGCUUUUUCCUGCCUGAUGUCAUUCUCUGCUGUGGACCUGGUCAGGACAAGAGUGAGUGGGCAAUGAGGAGACGCAAACAGAUAAAUAAUGAAGGAUAAUAACGCUGCCGACUCACAACCAAAGAUCAUGAAAGUAUCCCACACCUUCUGAAGAACUCUUUUCCAAAAGAUGCAACCUGGAGGUCCUCCCACUUCCCCAUCUCUACCAGCACCAGCACCAGCACCAGCACCUCCUCCUCCUCCUCCUCCUCCUCCUCCUCCUCCUCCUCCACCACCUCCACCACCACCUCCACCACCACCAGGCCUCCAUGGCCUGGGUCUCUUUCCCAAGGGGGAGCACCGGCGCUCCAAGAUGCGCAAUUUCAACUGGGAAACCCUUCCCAAACACAGUGUGGUAGGAAAGCACAACAUCUGGACCUCGGAUGCGAUUGAUGGAGAAUAUGAGCUGGACACUGACCACAUAGAAGAGCUUUUCAGCCACAAGCAGCAAAAACUCAAGGCCCUGAAUCGCCAGAAACUAGUAACUGCUGGCUCAGGAGGGGAAUUGGUUUCCAUCCUCAGCUCCAAGAGGAGCAUGAACGUUGGAAUUUUCCUGAAGCAAUUUAAGCGGCCUGUAAAAGAAAUGAUUGAAGAGAUAAAAUCAGGAAGUAGUCUCUGUUUUGGUUCUGGAAAACUGAGGGAGCUGUGCAAGCUGAUGCCAGAUGAAAUGGAGGUGAAGCAGCUGGUCAAUUUUAAGGGCGACCAUUUCGCUCUCCCUGAAGCAGAUCUGUUCAUGCUAAUGCUGGUCAGGAUUCCAAGCUAUGAGGAGCGUCUCGGCAGUUUGGUGCUCAAAGAGGAAUUCUUCCCUCUCAUGGACGAAAUAAAAACAUUCAUUGGCACAUUGACUACUGCUGGAAAUGAGCUGCUGGAGUCUGAUCAUCUCCACUCUAUCAUCCGGCUCGUACUGAAGACUGGAAAUUACAUGAAUGCGGGUAGCUACGCAGGCAGUGCAGUUGGCUUCCGAAUGGCUUCUCUGUUGAAAUUAGUGGACACGAAAGCAAACAAACCUGGAAUGAAUCUCAUGCAUUAUGUCGUGAUGCAAGCUCAGAAGUCAGACAUGGCCCUGCUGAAAUUUCCAGAACAACUCCAAAGCAUUGAAGCUGCUGCACGGAUAAAUAAAGGUGAUGUUGAAGCAGAGUUUCGAAGGCAGUUAAAGAAAGUACAGGAUGCCAAGGUGUACACGCUGAAGCAGGAAGACCUGAAGGCACAGACGGAAGAUUUUCUAAAGGAAGCUGAGCUCUGCUUGACAGAAAUAGAGGCCGACUUUCAGGUACUGCAGUCUGUGAGCGACUCUGUGGCUGAGUACUUCUGCGAGGACCCGGAGAAGUUCAGGCUGGAGGAAUGCUGCUCCAUUUUCAACUCCUUUUGUGAAAGAUUUCUCCGGGCCAUGCAUGAAAACAAGGCCCGGGAGAUAGCAGAGGUGACGCGGAGACACAGAGAUAGACUGCAGUGCGCUGUCAAGCGCAGGUCCACAGCUACUUGCUCCAGUCAGGAAAUGGAGGGUGUUGCAUUGGAGUCUGUACUUCAGAACUUCCUUACCAAUCGUGUCUCUCGCAGGAGAUCUGGGAGACCCCUGUCCACUCAAGGAAGCCCUGCGAGCGGCAGCCCAAAGAAUGGAAGCUUAUCAGAAAUUACCUCACAUGCAAAUCUCCUCAGUGUUAAUCAAAAAACAGGUGGCUCAUUUCAAACCAAGGAGAUUGGCGGAAAAGAGUGGAACUCGGCAGACGAGCUCACACAGGCGUCUUCACAAAGCAAAGACCAGUCGACUGGCGAGGUCAGCGAGGCAGAGACUGUCAUUCCUCAUGAGGCAGAGGUGAAAACAACCCAAAAGGACGACUCGAAAGGAUUUACACAUCCAAACAAUAGGACCACCAGCAUCUCCUCCUCGGCCACCCCUGAUGAUGACGAGGAGGAGGAUGUACAGGACAAUACUGAGGAGGAGGCACAAAAGUUGCGCGAGGCAUCUAAAAAAGUGUUGCGCUACCAGAACAGCCGGGGCAGUGUCUCGUCUGCAGAGUUUUCUCUGGAAAAUCAGAAAUCUCCCAGUGCGACUUCCAAGUUGCCUCGUCAGCGCACCCUCGAUGAGGAAACAGACCGGUAUCCCGGAGACCCAACCAACGAGGACCUGAUCAGAUUUUUGAUCAAUCCUUCUUCCAACUCAUGUAACAUUAGUCGCCGCCAUACUCUCCCCUCCAAAAUCCCGAAAACGGAGGAGGAGGAGGACGAUCUGUGGGAUCAGCCUCCAAUCAGGACGCCUAAGAAUCCUACGGCAAGAGAAAACGGGAAACUUCCUGAAGACGCUGCUGAACCCAAUCCCUCAAAACAAGUAUUGGAUUUUCCCGGCACGUGUCACAACUUUAAACAAUCUGAUGCCGAACAACAACCGCAUGUUCCUUCAGACCAUGCUCUGAAUGACAGACACGGGGAUCAAAACCAAGAGGGCAAGUCAGUGGAACCCUCAGGGAACCACGUGCAAAAGAAUAAUGAAAAUAUUCCCCCCAAGAGUAUGUGGAAUAAGACCGACACUUCUGGACUGUUUUAUAGCUUCUUCAAACGCCUGGGAGAUAUUGGCAAACAGCAGAGCAGCAAGGAAACGGUUCAUAAAGGCAGCAGUUCUGAGGUUUAGAGUGGAAAACAUAUGCUUUUUAAAGUCCCUGUAAAGCAACGUGAGAGAUUCUCAUCCUCACACAUUAUAUGUGGCUGAAAACUGUUCAGGGAUUUUUAGGCGUGUUUGGCACGAUGAUGCAGCAGAGUCACAAUGACCCGAGAUGUUGCUGAAAAAACCUGUGACAAAAUCAAAGGAGAUAUUUUCAUCACUCAGCAGGGACUUAAAAGUCAGGGAAUAGUUUCCUCGCCGAUGUCGUAAAUGUUAAUGAGAUGGAGGAAGAGAAAGUGGCUUGAAAGUGGGAAAAAGAGAAAGUGUGCAAAGUUGUCGGGUCGUGUUUUGCUGAGGAAAGGUCAUUGUGUGUGUUGUACCACUAGAUGGCAGUAUGCAACAGUAAUGUUGUUGAGAAACGGGGUGGUGGUGAUUUGAGGGUCUGUGUCAAGUAAGACAAGGGAAUGAUGAGAAGAAUGCAAGAACAUUUUCUUGGACAAUUUGGAAUCCGAUGGAUGAACCAGUCAGUUAUUACAGUGUGUUAUUCAAUACACGUUGAAUGUUAAGUGUUUGAAUAAUGGUAGAUUGUUCAAAAAUGUAUUUAAUUCUCAGUUUGAUUGCUAUUUUUGAUACUUUGAUAGAUUUCCUUGCUCUGUUUUCUCUUUUAAAACGAUGGAUGUCUGUUUCUCUCUCCCCCGCCGCUGUUGUUUGUACACAUGCACAUCGAAAAUGCAAAAGGUCAUGACAUGCGUGCUCUCAGGGUCUCAUUCAAUUCAGCCAUUGUUUCGGUCUUAAAUGGCUCAGUGUUGCAAACGCAGAGCUGAGCCACAGACUGUCAGUGGCAGAGAGAUGAAGAGGUUAUUGGAAACUACCAGGCCGCCUCUAUUCCCCCCCGACACACUGAAUAUGUUAAUUUGCAUCUGUUUAUGUAACUUUGUUGGGAGUUGUGCCAUAAACAGUUACAAAGGUUAGCAUUUCAGGACUAUGAUGUCCAGAUAUCUGACUGAACGCUUACCUGCUGUUCGCAUAAUUAUGUAAAUAAUUAUCCAUGUCAUAUUUAUUUGAUAAUAAUAUUUAUAAGUAAAAAUUGUGCUAAAUUGUGAUUGAGAGUGUUAAAAUAAACGCACACACAGUUUGGUUAACUAAUCCCCACCUGUUCUUUUGUUGCCUUUGCUCUAUAUUCAGAAAUAAAAAAAUAAAUGAUAUAAUAUAUAAACAUAUACAAUGCUGGCUCCACUCUGAAUGAGCUUGUGUGAAUAGUAUUAUUGUAAUUUGUUUGAAAAGAGCGGGGAAGGGGAAAAAGCAUUUUCUAUUUUGCAUUGUGGCUCGGUCUCAUUUUAAAACAGUUUUACUGCAGGUUCCUCUCUCACAAGAGUGAUGAGAGCUUUCAGGUUUAAGACAAAACAAAGAACACUUCUCAUCUUUGUGUAAACAUGAACAAUAUAAAAAUAGCAUCUAUUUUACUGAGCGGUUGUUGUUGUUAUUACAUAGAAUUCUCAGUUCCACUUUAAUUCCCUUCAGAGCCUGUUUUAUGACAUAAAAAUACACUGAUACUUAUUUUUAACUUCAAAUCAUACUCCCUCUGUUAUACAUGCUGCCUAUUAUUUGACUGUAUUAUCUUAUGUGGCUAUCUAAUGCCAAGUAAUUGCUGUCGACAGCAGUGAUUAUAUUAUGCGUGUUGUCUUAAUAAAAGCUGCUGUAAAGAAAAUCCAUUGUCAGCGGUUUAGCCCAUUAUAAUUUUUGCCCAAACUAAUUUGACAGGUUUUAAUGUUUGGUGCAACAGAAAUGUGGAGUUACUGCACCCACAGUCUGUGUUGUGCUGCCUGAUCACUGCCCCUGCUCCUCCUCCUCCUCCUCCUCCUCCUCCUCCUCCUGCUUCUGCUUCUGCUGUCUGGCAAAUGCAGCAGCCAUCUUGACUAAACCACGGCGAUGGGAAGCAGUCUCCAUGGCAACUCGCGUUGCAGAAUGAAACCCAGAGAUGAUUGUAUUUGCCCCUCACCCCAGGCCCCACCCCCAACAAACUCCCCUCUGCCUGCACCAACACAGCCGCCUCACACAGUGAGUGCAUCCACAUUACAACACACUGCCACCUUGUUUCCUAAGGGUUUACAUUUAGGGCAGAAGUUGAUGCUUAUUAAAUGUAAACAUGUUGUUUUAAAUAUUUUGACACCAUUUAAAAAUGUAACGCAAAUAUGUUAUACGAGAAUGAAUAUCUUUAAGUUUCCGUCCGUGCGUUACAGAUAACGUGUUGAUGCUGCACCUCAUUUGCAAUGUAACACACAAAGGGCUGCAUGGAGCUGUUUAUUGAUUAAUCAAUGAUUAGACGACUACUAAAUUCAUCAAUAACGCCGUUGUUGUUUUUGACGAAAUAAAAAACAAAUUGUCUGAUUUCAGCUUC